AUGGAUUUCGGGUCCUUGGAGACCGUGGUGGCCAACUCUGCCUUCAUCGCUGCCCGAGGCAGCUUUGAUGGAAGCAGCUCUCCAUCAUCCCGAGACAAGAAGUAUCUGGCCAAGCUCCGCUUGCCCCCGCUGUCCAAGUGCGAGAAUCUCCGUGACAGCAUCGGCCUGGAGUUUGAGAGCCUGUGCUCAGAGCAACCCAUUGGCAAGAGGCUCUUCCAACAGUUCCUGAAGACAAAUGAGAGACACGUGCCAGCCCUGGAGCUCUGGAAGGACAUCGAGGACUACGACACGACUGAUGAUGACCUGAGGCCGCAGAAGGUACAGGCCAUCCUGGCUGAGUACCUGGACCCAGAGGCCACACUCUUCUGCAACUUUCUAGACCAGGGCAUGGUGGCAAGGGUGAAGGAAGGGUCAGCUAGCACCCAGGAUGGCCUCUUCCAGCCUCUGUUGCAGGCCACCCUGGAUCACUUGAGCCAGGCCCCCUUCCAGGAGUACCUGGGAAGCCUGUACUUCCUGCGGUUUCUUCAGUGGAAGUGGUUGGAAGCCCAGCCCAUAGGUGAAGACUGGUUCUUGGACUUCAGGGUCCUGGGGAAAGGGGGCUUCGGGGAGGUGUCCGCCUGUCAGAUGAAGGCAACUGGCAAGAUGUACGCCUGCAAGAAGCUCAACAAGAAGCGGCUGAAGAAGAGGAAGGGGUACCAGGGCGCCAUAGUUGAGAAGAGGAUUCUGACCAGAGUCCAUAGCAGGUUCAUUGUGUCUCUGGCCUAUGCAUUCGAAACCAAGACUGACCUUUGUCUGGUGAUGACCAUCAUGAAUGGAGGUGACAUAAGGUAUCACAUCUACAAUGUCGAUGAGGAGAACCCCGGCUUCCCAGAAUCACGAGCAAUCUACUACACAGCACAGAUCAUCAGCGGCCUGGAGCACCUGCAUCAGAGACGCAUCGUCUACCGUGAUCUCAAGCCGGAGAAUGUGCUGCUGGACAAUGAUGGCAAUAUCCGAAUUUCUGACCUUGGGCUGGCUGUGGAGCUGAAGGAAGGGCAUGAUAAGACCAAGGGCUAUGCGGGGACCCCAGGAUUCAUGGCCCCUGAGCUCUUGCGUGGCGAAGAGUAUGACUUUUCUGUGGAUUAUUUCGCCCUGGGGGUCACGCUGUAUGAGAUGAUCGCAGCCAGAGGACCCUUCCGAGCCCGAGGAGAGAAGGUGGAAAACAAGGAACUGAAGCAACGGAUCAUCUCGGAGCCCGUGAAGUACCCAGAAAAGUUCAGCCAGGCCAGCAAGGACUUCUGUGAGCAGUUGCUGGAGAAGGACCCGGAGAAGCGCCUGGGCUUCCGGGAUGGGACCUGUGACGCACUGAGGGCAAACAUCCUCUUCAAAGACAUCAGCUGGAGGCAACUUGAAGCCGGGAUGUUGAUUCCUCCAUUCAUCCCAGACUCUAGGACUGUGUAUGCCAAGAACAUUCAGGACGUGGGUGCCUUUUCCACAGUCAAGGGUGUGGUUUUUGACAAAACGGACACAGAAUUCUUCCAGGAAUUUGCCUCUGGCAACUGUUCCAUUCCCUGGCAGGAGGAGAUGAUUGAGACUGGUAUCUUUGGGGACCUGAAUGUGUGGCGCGAAGACGGCGAAAUGCCAGAUGACAUGAAGGGAAUCACCACGGAGGAGGCAGCCCCUACAUCCAAGUCGGGAAUGUGUCUCAUCUCCUAGCCGAGCCUCUGAGGAAAGCACGGAACUGGCCGUAUAAAGAAAGUGUACAGAGCUCACGGGAAGAGUACGACCUGGUGUCAGCCUGUGUCUACUCCACCCAGGUCACCUUGCAACUCUGUCUGUCUCACCGUGAAACUGUGUCUCCACA